UAUUAUUUGAUCCGACCAACUAUUCAAAAACAAUUCAUUAUAACUUAAUAACUACAUCGUAUGGAAGAAUACUUCUUGUAUAUAAACAGGCAAGACUAAUAUAUUUUAAAUCAAAAUUUGAAAGUAUUUAUAAUCCUGGCAAUCAUCAGAUACAUUAGUAAACUUUGGAAAUAUUAAAAAUGAAUAUCUGUAGGUUAUGUUUAUGUGAAGGAUACAACUACUCAAAAGUGGAAAAAGGAUUUUCUUUGAAAAUAAAAGAAUGUGUAUCAAUUGAUGUUUUUGAAGGCUCAACUAUUGUCUGCUAUAUUUGUACAAAUUGUUUAAAUAAAGUUAAUGAUUGGUUUGAAUUUAAAACAAUGUGUUUAAUAUCAAAUAAACAAUUUAUUAACAAAAACGUGGAAGAUUUUGAAUACAUAUAUUGCAAUAAAGAAAAAGCAUUGGAAUCUGAUGAAUCAGUUUUAGAUGUAAAGGAAUGUUUUAUAAGUCACUCUGAAUUUAGUGAAGAAUUCCAAAAUACUUAUAAGUGUGAUAUAUGCUCAACAGUAUUUGAUAAUUGUUUUGAAUAUUUGAAUCAUCAAUAUUCACAUGAUGGCAAUCUUGUAUUUAAUUGUUCCAUGUGUUCAGAAGUAUUUCAAACAAGAUCAGAAUUAAUCGAACAUGAUAAAUCCCACAAAAUUACUUGUACAAUUUGCCAAACCACACUAUUAAAAACUAGCAUGAAGCACCAUAUGAAUAAACAUUCUGAUCGUUUCAAAUGUUCCAAAUGUAAUACAAGGUGUAUUUCACAGUCAGAUUUAGAGAGACAUGUAAUCAACAAACACACUAAAACUAAGGGACACAUAUGUGAUGUAUGUGGCAAACAAUUUAAAAACGUAAAUGCCGUGAAUAUCCAUUUGAAGACGCAUAGUAAUGAUCGUCUAUACCAUUGUAAACUUUGUUCUUAUUCUGCAAGAACCUCGUCAUCACUUCACAUUCACAUGUCAACACAUGCCAAUGAGAGACACAUGUGUGAGGUUUGCUCAAAGACCUUCAAAAGUAAAAGAAAUUUAAAAGAUCACCUAAGAAGAAAGCACUGUCAAGAAAAGAAACACAAAUGCAAAUACUGUGAUAAAACGUUUUUGGAGAUUUACAUGUUAAAUAAACACCUUCGAACACACACGGGAUUGCGCCCAUAUAGUUGUGAUUUGUGUAGCAAAAGUUUUAGUCGAAAGGAUACUCUUAAAGCACACAUGGUCAUACACAACAGUCAAAGAACAUCGAUUGAUUGUGCAACUUGUAUGAAAAAGAUUAUUUCUAAAAAAACUUUAUCAAGACAUCAGUGUUCAGCUAAACAGUAUGAGUAAAGAGAACAAAUACUGACCUAAGAAAUAUUUGAGAUUGUUUGGAAAACCAAAUUUUUGUAUUUCCUUAGAAUUAAUUGCCAAUUAUUUUUAUAUGAUGUAUUCUUAAUAAUACUCUUUGAAUAAAACAAAGCGACAUAUUGUUUCCUAACUACAAUUUACAUCAAAUAGAAAUUCACCUUUGGUUAAACAACAGCAAUUUACGUGCCAGUAUAUUAAAUGAACAAUAAAUAAAAUACUUGUUGAAGAAUUCUCAAUAAAAACUGAAAAAAUAA